AUGCCCUCGAGCCCCACGUGGAUCCAUCAGAUACUACCUGACCACCAACGACGUCGAGCGUCCUCGACUGCUUCUCAGAAUGGCGCUGCUCGAGCCGCGCUGCCGUCAGCGCCGCCAACAACCAGACCCUUCGCAGGCCGCAGAAGCCUGCUCCGCCAGCUGCUUGGCAAGUCGACGUCGAAGCGCAGUGAGCCAAAGGCCAUCUCGCUCGAAGCCGGUGCUACUCAUGCCCCGGUAACCCACGGCGAUGCCCAUGUCAUUUGCGACGCUAGCAACCUCAGGGGAAGCCUGCCGCAGGCGCAACUGGAGCCAAGCCCUCAUGCUCGCGAUCGCGACCAAAGCGAGGCCGCCGCCGCAGCGCGACCGAGACGUCCGCAGACGUCGGAUGGCAUCGCGAGGCCUUCCAAGCCCCAGCAGCCCGCAACCCCGCUUCGACGCCAGAGCGGCAAGCAGGCGCGGCUCGUUUGGCACGACGGGCCCAACGGACCAGAGUUGGUGCAAGACUCGCCACCCCGGAAAGGCUCGCGCGCCGCGCCCAGAGCCUCGACGUCUCCAAGGCCCGCUGCCGCCCAAACUCCAGUGUCUGGAGCCAACACGCCGGACAUGGCCACCUCGAGCUCCGAGAUGAGGAUGAGCGCCGAGAGCCAGAGCUCCAUCAGCUGCAGCCGACGUGCCCACAACCCAUCAGCCAUGACCAUGCCCUCACCAGUUCCGAGGCCAAGGCAGCGCUCUGAGCACGAAGUUCUGGAAAGGCCGGCGCUCGGUUUGACGGAGCGAGGCAGCCCCCGUGCACCCCUGGACAAGGCUCCCGUCCUACCAGACAGCAGCGACAGCCGGAGCGACAGAGUUGCCGAGUCUGCAGAUGGGCAUUGGACCACGUCCAUGGGCUCUUCCGCCUAUUCGUCCCAGCUGCACCUCGACGUCGAUGCAGCAUCAGGAGCAGGAGGUGCCUCGUUCGCAGAAUCUCGUUCAACGGUCACUGGACAGCCUCAUCUGCCUUUCGUCCCAGCACCGGGACCUCCAGCAGCAUGCCGCCUUCUCGAUGACGACGCGCAAACGACAGAGCCGAAUCGUCACGAAACCCCUGCGGCCCAGCUAGCUCCCUCGUCCGGCUUCUCCGAGGAUCAGCCUCAAGCUGACAGCGUUGAAGACAAGAUCGCACAGUCCUCUGGCAUGGUCGACGGACUGGGUAUCGCUGCUUCACCAUCUCCGCGGUCAUCCACGUCACACCUCGCUUCAGUUCCGAGCCCGUUCGCGACCACGGCCCGCGUCACGUUCGGCCAGAACGAACAUGUCGACGACUCGGACGUGGCAGCGAGCCCGGCUUCGAGACCCUCAUCCAUCAUUUCAGAGGCCACUCCGCGCAGGAUCUCGUUUGCGCCCUCGGUCCGAAGCCGCAACCGGCCCGCUCCCAAAGGCAUCGCGCCACUGCUCUUGAGGCCUGACGCAUCUGCCUCGGAUUCAGUGGCGGCGACGCCAGCAGAGCGAGAAUCAACAGACAGGAUCGCCGGUCCUGAGGCGAGACGGCCCGGCAGAGAGCGUCGGAAGAGGCCCUCGACCGCUCCGGCCGCACUAGACGGCGAUGCUCGCACCGGCGCCGCUUUCGGCCGAUCCUACACCUCGGACGACGGCACGACGACGACGGACAGCGACAACGACUCGGAGGGCGAGGAGCCAAGCUUCCGCACGCUGCGACGCCUGUGGGUCAAGGCCAGGAAAGCAUCGCCGUCCGAAGAAGAGGCUGAGGAGCUUCGAUGCCCAAACCGUUCGUCUGGCGAAGAAAGCGUCGGCGAGGGCGCUGACGAGUCGAACCCCGCCGCUGUCGCUGCGGACGAGGCUGAGUCUGUAGCUCAGGCCGACGCGAUCCACGACGAUGAUCAAGAAGUCGCCGACGCUGCCGAGUCCGCCCAGCGUCGCGAUCCGGAACUCGUCUUCUAUCCCGGCACUCUGAUCCUCGUGCGGGAUGGCGUCUCGCUGGACGACACGGACGGUUCGAUCACGGUCGAUGGCGAGCAAUCGCAGAGCCAGGCAGGAAAGACCAGCGCCAGCGCGGCAGAGGCCGACGCCGAGGCUCCUCGACGACGCAGCGGCCUCUUCAGCCCCAAGCUAUGGGCUUUCAGGCAACGCAAGGCAGACGUGGAUACCGAAGUCGUGGAUUCAUCUCAGUCGUCGUCGCCGGCGGCGCCGGUGCCCCCAGCACCGGACGUCGAGGCGCGCGAGGCAAACGACAUGCAGGGAAUGCCGGGGAUUGAGGCGCCGCCGACCGACUCAGACGCGACCAUCGCAGAGCCAUCGAUCGAGGAGCAGCCGCCUCCCUUGAAGCUACCGCCGGCCUCGCCUGCUGCCCAACACGGUGCUGCCAGCCUAUGGCCAGCGGAACGGCAGCCUGCCCCGACCGUAUCGCCGACUAGCUCGCUAAACCCCGUCAGCCUGACCUCGCCAGUCUCGUUGCCCACUCGAUCCCCGCCCAGCGCAAUGGAGGCCAUCCAUCCUUCCUCGUCUGUCCCAGACCAAGGGGCGGGGCAGGUCCUGUGGCACGGCAGUCCGCCGGUCCGACACGCCAAGCUACACACGCGAGCGCUGCACCUGCUCAGGCGCGCCGGCCGGCCGCGCACCGCCACGUCGCACGACGCCACCCACGCCACGUCGCGCAAGGCCCUCACCGACGACGGGCCCAUGCUCCGCAUCGUCAGCAAGGACGGCGCGCCCACGCCCAAAUCCGGCGGCGGCAUCCUCCUGCCCGAGUCGCUCGAGCGGCCGUACUACUACCCAGCCCCAACGCGCAUGGACCUCGACCGCAACCGCCGUUCGGCAAAGAGCCGUUGA